AUGGAGGCAGGUGGUGUGCGGAUGGUUUGCGAUCCUAGCACUCUUGAUUCGACUCGUUAUGUUGAAGCCCGUUGUACUGGUGUUGACUUACCAGACACGGUCGCCGAAAAGCGAAAGGCUGUUUGCGACAAGAUGAAAGGAAAACUUUGCGAACGCGCUUGCUUUUUGACAACUCCAGCAUCAAAGGAGGAGGAUUUGACCGCCCGCUUCCAGCAGGCGUGCAGUGAUCAGAAAGGCUCGGAUAAAUCACCGUACUUGGCAUUUGUCCAUGUGUAUCCUACCAAGGAACAGGCUGUGAAGUGGAGUGAUGGCAAAUGUGAUGUCUCUGUCUUUUCCUAG